AUGGAGUUUUGGAACUUUCCUGCCAGAAUUUUCGUCACCGUCGUGUUGAUGGUCUCUGUGGAGGUCGGCCCGUCACCGUAUGCCGAGCCAGACCAGAGAUCCGCACUUGAGCUUGCGACGAUCGGUAGACGCCUCUGCUACCUGCGGGGAGGCUCAGAUGAGUUCUCUCGGAUGGAGACCUCGAACAUGUCGAGCAUGGACCCGGACGCAGCGCAGCGAGCUGAAAGAUCUCCGCCUCUCCGACGAAGUUCACGGGGUUCCAGCAAAGGGAAUAGCAAGAGGGGCCCACGCCCCCUCUCCAGGAUCCUGCAGAGUGUGAGCGAACCCGAGCAGGAUGGGUUUCGAACUCCCAGCCCAGACAAAAGCUCCGACAUGCAGUCGUCUUCUCUCGUGCCCCAGACUCCACGAACACCCCGAACUCGCAAGACUCCACAGACGCCCAGGACCCCCAGGACGCCCAAGACCCCCAGGACGCCCAGGACGCCCAGGUCCCAAGCUUCAAGAUCUGACUUGGAGUCACAAAGUAGGACGUCAUCCACUUCGAAACAAGCGCCAUCAAGCACUGCAGAUGCGCAGAGGAGGCUGGAACUGGAAGCAGGGCUUGCAACGGAUCACGAGGAGAUUGAGAAUCGAUACGCGUCUCAGAUGGCAAGAAUGCUCAAGGGUUUGAAAGAAGGUUUCAAUGAGACGUGGAUCAUUCCUCCGGAUACAUUUCCGCGUGAGUUUGACAAUGAGCAGGAUUACAUUGAUCACCAGUUCAGAAACUCAGCGGAAGAAGGAAAUAUCUCGGCUCUCGUUUUCUGGAUGAAGCAGGGAGCUCGGAUUGACGCCACUGAUUGCAACGGAUAUGUUGACAUUGUUCGUCGGCUCUUGGAUGCUGGCGCCAAUCCGAAAUUGAAGACUUACUACAGCGGUCGAACAGCUCUGGACAUGGCAAAAAUGUGGGGAUUGGACGAAGAUGGGAAGAUGGGAGUUGUUGAAACGCAUGCAGUUUACGUGAGGAAAGAAGACAUGAAAGAGAGCAAAUCGGAGCAUCAGAUUGUGGAUGACAUGGACGAGGUAGAAGAAGAGUGGAAGCAACAAGGCAAAGUUCCAGAAUCAGACUCAAAUGAUCUUCUGAUAUUCAAGGAGGGAAGGACCAAACCUAAGGAGAAAUUCAAAGUGAAAGAUGAUACAAUCAUAGACCUCGGUGAUGAAGAGUCAGACUUCUUCAAAGGACUCUGGUCACAAAGCUCGGAAUCGACUUCUCUUCCCAAACCAGGAGACUCGGACAGCGAUGAGGAGGAUAAGGACAAGGUUGAGGGCAAGGACGAGGACGAGGACGAGGACGAGGAGAAAGAGUCCAGCAGCGAAUUCGAGACCUAUUACCCGUCGGAGUCCUCGGGCAAGGGGACGUGGAAGUAUAUUGCGAGACAUCCAAGGACUAGACAGAAGUGCAAGGAGGUGUUUGGAGAGGAGUAUUCUGACAAUGUUGAAGACCUUAUGGAUUCUAACUCGUCAAUUGCUGAAGCCGACAUGGGUGGUGGACUGUUUCCAGAUGAUUUGUCGAUGGACUCUUCGAACCACAGCGAUCCAUCAGGUAUGGGGGGUCCCGGCGAGCCGAGUACGCCGUCCAAUGUCGACGGGUUCUCUUGGAACGUCUGA